UGUCCUCGCUCCUUAUCUCAGUGUCCUCAGUGAGGCUCCAGCAGCCCAGAAGGAAACCCAACCUAGAGACCUCCAAGGUCAUAGGGGACACCCUUCCAGGACCCUCCAGGAAUCACCUAUUCCUUUCAGGGCCUCUGGAGAGCAGCAUGGCAGAUGAGAGCAGCGAUGCGGUGAGCGCUGCUGGGGAGCCCCAGCCGGCGCCUGCCCCUGUCCGACGCCGCUCCUCUGCCAACUACCGAGCCUAUGCCACGGAGCCACAUGCCAAGAAAAAGUCUAAGAUCUCCGCCUCGAGAAAACUUCAAUUGAAGACUCUGAUGCUGCAGAUUGCAAAGCAGGAGAUAGAGCGUGAGGCAGAGGAGCGACGUGGAGAGAAAGGGCGCGUUCUCAGCACUCGUUGCCAGCCUUUGGAAUUGGAUGGACUGGGCUUUGGAGAGCUUCAGGACUUAUGCCGGCAGCUUCAUGCUCGGGUGGACAAAGUGGACGAAGAGAGAUACGAUGUGGAAGCAAAAGUCACCAAGAAUGUCACUGAGAUCGCAGAUCUGACCCAGAAGAUCUAUGACCUGCGUGGCAAGUUCAAGCGGCCCACACUUCGAAGAGUAAGGAUCUCAGCCGAUGCCAUGAUGCAGGCGCUGCUGGGCACGCGGGCCAAGGAGUCCUUGGACCUGAGGGCCCACCUCAAGCAGGUUAAGAAGGAGGACAUUGAGAAGGAAAACCGGGAGGUGGGAGACUGGCGCAAGAACAUUGACGCACUAAGUGGAAUGGAGGGCCGCAAGAAAAAGUUUGAGGGCUGAGUCCAUGGCUCCCACACUUUGCUCUGAGGAUGUUCCUGACGAAUAAACCUCUCUAAACUGGAA